AUGCGGUCUCGUGAAAGCAUUUGCGUGAACUUUGUCAACGCGGUUGAGGCAAAUGACUGCCUAUGGCAGUAUGUAUCAAUUGCUUUUUGCAAAAAAAUGUGCCUUUUAACGACAUUGUCGGCUGGCGCUGAUGUUGUGCCUCGCAUCACGAGUGUGUCUCCGCCGGGUACAAUUAUUGGCUCGCAAAGUCGCAUUGUGAUCUCCACGUCCCCAUGCUGUGGACAUGUCGGCAUGUCAGCGCUAGAAUUGACCCCAAGUUUAUGUUAA